GUCCUUCCGAAAAGGGCAACAGUUGUGUGCUAAAGGUAGUGCAGUGAACAGUGAACAACUCGAGGGAAACUCGCACCGGACUGUACUACAUUUCAACUAGUGCGCAAACAUGUCUAGGUUCUACUUCUUCUUCAACCUCAUCUGUCUCUACCUGGCCAUCAAAAGUGCACUGAGUGCCGAGCUGGACACAAAUGACCAAAAGUACGCCGACCUGCGAACGACGGGCCGUGGUGAGUCGCCGGACAGUACCGGACCCGACUCGGAUACCCUCCGACGGGACGAUGGUGCCGAGGGACUGAAUAAAAGGGCCGCUGCCAUGUGGUUUGGACCACGGCUCGGCAAGCGCACCAUUGCAGCGGACCUGCACGACGAUCUGGUCGAGGAGUUUGAUGCCGAACCGCUGGGAUAUGCGGGCGAGCCGCCCCAGAAGCUGGCCACGGAACUGGUCCAGGGUGCUCCCUACAUGGUGCUGCUGGUUACAGCAAAGCCCCGAAAGCCACAGCCCAUUUUCUACCACACCACGUCGCCUCGGCUAGGCCGGCGCGAUUCGGUCGGUGAGAACCAUCAGCGGCCACCGUUUGCACCGCGACUGGGACGGAAUCUGCCCUUCUCGCCCCGGCUGGGACGAUCGUACAACGGUGGCUAUCCGUUGCCGUUUCAGUUUGCGUACUAAGAACCCGCCCGGUAGGACUAAACGACUGGAUCAAAGGACGAACCAGCAUGCGGAGUUUAUCGGCAUUAAUUGAUUGACUGCAAUUGAACUGGCUGGAAUACGAUAAACUCUGCCGGCUGGCGAAACCGAACAGGAACACUUGCAAACUAAACACAACCUCCCCCUCCCUUCCACGUAGCUGUAAAUGCGCACUGUAAUUGUAUAAUAAAGUACUAGGAAUCGCCCAAAUUAUCAA